CCCUAACAAAAUUACCGAAAUUGUCCUCUCUAUUUUGCGCCUCCUUUUGUCUUCCCCCCCUCUCUCUCUCUCUCACUGGCUCGUCUCAUUCAAUUUUCUUGGCAGCAGUAGCAGCGCGGGUUAGAAACUUGAAACAAAAAACUUAUUGAUUCCCUAACAGCAACCAGAAGAAAUAAGAAGAUGAGCAAUCCAGCUCAUGCUCUUCAUGAAGAAGAAGAUGACCAAGGUGAGGUUUUUCUCGAUGAAGCAGACAUCGUUGGUGAAAUUGCAGUCGACGAAGAAGAUCUUCCUGAUGCAGACGAUGAAGUUGAUGAGCUUGAUGAUUGCAUACACAUAUUUACUGGUCAUAGCGACGAACUAUACGCCGUUAUAUGCAGCCCGACAGAUCCUACUUUGGUUGCAACAGGGGGUAAAGAUGACAGAGGGUUUCUUUGGAAGAUUGGACACGGAGAUUGGGCUUUUGAGCUUCAAGGUCAUAAGGAUUCUGUUUCUAGCUUAGCAUUUAGUACUGAUGGACAGUUGCUAGCAUCUGGAAGCUUGGAUGGAAUCAUCCAAAUUUGGGAUAUAGCAUCAGGAAAUCUAAAAUCUACUUUAGAAGGUCCUGGUGGGGGAAUUGAGUGGAUCAAGUGGCAUCCUAGAGGUCAUGUGGUUUUGGCUGGUUCAGAAGACUCUGCAGUUUGGAUGUGGAAUGCUGACAAUGGUUCCUAUCUUAAUUUAUUUUCUGGUCAUGGUGGUAGGGUGAGUUGUGGUGACUUUACCCCUGAUGGAAAAACAAUCUGCACUGGUUCUGCUGAUACAACUUUGAGAAUAUGGAAUCCAAAAAGUGGCGAGAGCAUUCAUGUGGUACAAGGUCACCCAUACCAUACUACAGGAUUGACAUGUUUGACAAUAAGUUCUGAUUCAACUUUAGCUGUUACUGGUUCUGAAGAUGGUUCUGUCUAUAUUGUAAACAUAACAACUGGAAAGGUUGUUAGUUCCCUGGUUUCACAUUUAGAUUCAGUUGAAUGUAUCGGGCUUGCACCAAGCUCCCCUUGGGCUGCAACUGGAGGUAUGGAUAAGAAGCUUAUUAUUUGGGACUUGCAGCAUUCAUUGCCCCGUUGUACCUGCGAACAUGAGGAUGGAGUGACAUGUUUGACAUGGCUGGGCACAUCCAGGUAUCUAGCAACAGGCUGUAUGGAUGGGAAGGUUCGGUUAUGGGAUAGUCUCUCUGGUGAUUGCGUAAGAACCUUGAAUGGGCACAAUGAGCCCAUUCAGUCUCUCUCUGUAUCUUCCAACCAAGAGUUCAUUGUUUCAGUAUCUACUGAUGGAACUGCCCGAGUUUUUGAGUUACACGAGUAAGCAAAAAUAGCAUUCAUACAUUUGUAACAAAUAUGGUCUUAGGGCUAUAUACUUGUACUAAUUGCAUGUGAGCAAUAUGGGAUCGAACAGAACACAUGUUUUAACAAACAGCAUUUGCAAUAUGAAAUUGUUCUUUUCUUUGUCAA